UUUCUUUCUUGCAACUGAAGUCAGACAUCUAAUCGUAGAGAGAUGGACUGGGGAUCCAAUAAUAGAUUUCAUCAUUGUCAUCAUUGGGGCAGUAUUCCUUUCUUUCAUCUGGCAAGGAUUGGGACGUUUGAGCAGAGUUCUCCAUCAGAAAGCUUGCUACUAUGCAAAACUCGAAGCUCAGCUGGUUAUGCGAGAACAGCGCCAACGCAGGGACAGAAAACAUGACAGGACACCUGACGGACAGUCCAAGCGACCUGCGUAUCUUUACCAUAAUGGCCAUGUGUUUCACCAGUCCGCAGACUACAUGGAACUCUUGGAUGCGCAUCAUGAAAGGCAACGAAAUCUUGACAGUAGCUUGGCUGCACAGGUACAACGUCAGCAGCAACGAAAUGCAAGUUUAUUGGAGAGCAACAACAGUCCAAGCCACUUAGCGCUAGAGGAUGGCGAAGAGGAUGUGUUCCUUGAAUCUAAUGCUACCCAGAAUACAACAGUACUUUCAGACUUGAGUGGGGAUGUAAGGACGUUAACAGGGGACCGUGGAAGGUCAGAAUCCAGGGGAUCAAGACAUGAAAGAAAUCUUUCUAUUGAUAUGGACCCAAAUAGAUGGAACUCCCUUCAAAGGAAUAAGAAAGGUUAUAUUGGGAACCAUUCAAGAGGUGGACUCAAGUGCUAUAGGUUCCUAUAUCACUGUGUGCAGUCAGUGAACUACACGCUCCGAUUCGCCAUGGCAUAUCUGCUCAUGCUCAUUGUCAUGACCUACAAUGUCUGGUUCCUGGUUGCAACCGUCGGGGGCUAUGUCUUAGGCUACUUUCUCUUCUCUGCUGACCUCUUAACGGCAGCAGCUAGGACAGAGAGUGCAGCACUUACCAUGAGGAUGCGCAGACGACGCCUUGAGAACGUUCGCCCUCAGACCUUUUACAUCCAUUGAUUGUCAUAAAAACUCUACCCUGAAAUGUGGUUAGAAGCCGUGAUGUCAAUGGUCACAGCAUGGCGGAGAAUAGCCACAGAAGAAACACUGCUAGCAGCAUGCUUGCUUGUACAAUAUGAAUAUGGAAUUGUGAAAUAGUCAUUUAAAGGCAGA